GUGCUCACACCAUCAGCACUCCGCUGUCCUCUCCAUCCAGAACACACCUGACAUCUGCAGCUGAGGAACAGAAGACAUGGCAUCGGUUCUACGCUGGCUGUGGGUUAACAGAAACUACUUCAUCAUCUUCAUCACCCCCUUUGUUAUAUUGCCCCUGCCGCUAGUCUUCCCAACUCCGGAAGCAAGAUGUGGUUUUGCCAUCAUCCUGAUGGCACUGUACUGGUGUACAGAGUGUAUGCCGCUGGCCAUCACUGCUCUACUGCCUGUCGUCCUCUUCCCAAUGAUGGGCAUCAUGGAAUCUGGAAAGGUGUGUGUUGAAUACCUAAAGGACACCAACAUGCUGUUUAUUGGGGGUCUGCUGGUGGCUAUAGCUGUUGAACACUGGAAUCUCCAUAAGCGUAUCGCCCUGAGUGUCCUCCUAAUAGUAGGAGUUCGGCCUGCUUUGCUGAUGAUGGGGUUCAUGAUCGUAACAUCCUUCCUCUCAAUGUGGAUCAGCAAUACUGCCACCACAGCCAUGAUGUUGCCUAUUUCUCAAGCUGUUCUAGAACAGCUCAGCGCCACAGAGGCUGACAGUGAUGAGAAAGAGCUUAGGGAAGGCCAAGAUAACCAAGCGUUUGAGUUGACUGAGGUCAACAUCAAACAACCUUUGGACAAUGUCACUGGAGACAAACCCAACAACAACCCAGUUCUGGAGGAAAGAAUCAAUGCACUCUCUGAACUCAGGAGGAAAGAACGUGAAGCGAAGUACCUUAGUCUCUUUAAAGGAAUGAGUCUAUCUGUGUGCUACUCCGCCAGCAUUGGAGGAACUGCCACCCUAACAGGCACCACUCCAAAUCUUAUUCUCAAGGGCCAGAUGGAUGAGAUUUUUCCAGAUAACAAUGACGUAAUUAACUUUGCCAGCUGGUUUGGUUUUGCCUUUCCUAACAUGGUGCUGAUGCUUGUGCUCUCUUGGCUUUGGCUGCAGUUCAUGUACUUGGGAUUUAACGUAAAAAAAAGUUUUGGCUGCGGUUUGAAAAAUGAGGGAGACAAAGAAGCUUACAGAGUUAUGAAGAAUGAAUACAAGAAGUUGGGCCCGAUGUCUUUUGCUGAGGGCGCAGUGCUUGUCAUCUUUGUGAUCCUAGUGAUCCUGUGGUUCACACGAGAACCAGGGUUCAUGCCAGGCUGGGCCACUGAGCUCUUUAACAAAAAUGGACAAUUUGUCACCGAUGGCACUGUGGCCAUUUUCAUGUCAACCCUGUUCUUCGUCAUUCCAUCUCGGCUAGACUGUUCAUGUUCUGUCAGUGCAAGUGAUGAACAUAAUGAAGAAGCUGAAUUAGCGGGCAAAGAACAAGAACAUCAGAAAAAGGACAAGAAGAAGAGACUGAAGGGUACUCCCACUCUUCUUAACUGGAAGGUGGUUCAUGAACGCAUGCCCUGGAACAUAGUGCUGCUCCUGGGUGGAGGGUUUGCCUUGGCAAGAGGAAGUGAGGAGUCUGGACUGUCAACAUGGUUGGGUGAAAGUCUGGCCCCACUGCAGAGCAUCCCACCCUUCGCCAUCUCUCUGAUACUGUGUUUCCUGGUGGGAACAUUCACAGAAUGCUCCAGCAACACAGCCACCACCACGCUAUUCCUGCCCAUUCUAGCAUCUAUGGCCACAACCAUCGGGCUCCAUCCUCUAUACGUGAUGCUGCCCUGCACCAUCAGCGCAUCGCUGGCUUUCAUGCUUCCUGUAGCCACUCCACCCAAUGCCAUCGCUUUCUCCUAUGGCAACCUCAAAGUCUUGGAUAUGGCAAAGGCAGGCUUCAUUCUCAACAUCAUUGGCAUUCUCAGCAUCAACCUCGGCAUCAACACAUGGGGAACGGCCAUGUUCAGUCUAGGAACCUUUCCCACAUGGGCCAACGCCACAAAUGCAACAAGUACACCAUGAAAAUCUUCACAUCUAAUGGUUUCAUGAAAACACUGAAGGGAAAGAGAGGGGGGGGGGGGGGGUAAAGGAAGCUGAUCCAAAAAAUACCAUCAUCAAAUCGACAAAAGGGUCACAGCAUGCAGAGCAUGUAGCAUUCGUCUCCUCAUCAAUGCCCUCUGGAGCAAAAGCUUGUUUUUCUCAAACCUUUAGACAUUAGCUUUUCAAGCACUAUAUUAGUGGCAGGUCAGGAUUAACUCAGGUCAGCCUCCAUUUAGUGUUCGAAACUCUGUAACACUUAUUAACAUCUUUAAAGUCGAUGAAGUAUGAGGACUUUGUAAAUGUGAGUUAGCUUCCAUGUAGCGCUCUUGCUAGCUCAGUUUGGGCAAAAUCUGAUCCAAUUUCUGGUUCAUUUAGAGCUGUUUUUGUCUACAUUCUUUGUGGGUUUGGUUUCACAAGUAGGAUUUCUUGUCUUCCAUUUGUGCUGGUUCACGAAAAUUCAAUUAAUUUAUGGGGUCUGGACAAGACCUUUAAUAUUUUAGAUCCCUUUUUGGAUCUGUCUAUUUAAUACAUUUUAAUACAUGGCUUAUUUGUAAAAUCUUAAUCUGUUGAGAAACACAGUUAAAGAUUUUUAAAUGCCCCUACUUUGUAGAAGUAAAUACUUGAAACAUAAAAGUCACAGUGUCUUUUCAGAAUAUGUGCCUUUUCUCAAAUAAAUCUAAUUUUGUGCA